AUGGAUUAUCAGCUUCUACAUAUAGUAGCACUGCUGACAGUGAUAGCAUUUGGAGGAGACAUAAGGAAAACUACAGAAGCAUGCAAUUCAUAUGACUUGGAAGGUUUGAUGGGCUUCAAGAAUGGAAUUCAGAUGGAUACAUCUGGUCGUUUGGCUAAGUGGGUUGGUAACAGUUGCUGUGACUGGGAAGGUAUUGUCUGUGAAAAUGCAACCACUAAAGUGACACAGAUCCACCUUCCAGGGUUCAUUGAUAAAGAUUUGUUUCAAACUCAGAUGGUGGGGCAGCUUUCUCCCUCCAUAACACUCGUCACCUCUCUUGAAAUCCUUGAUCUUGGAGGUUUAGUUGGCCUCAGUGGAACAAUUCCACAAACAAUUGGUUUGCAACUGCCAAAGCUCAAAAAACUCUACCUUUAUGGCAACAAUUUAACUGGCCCAGUACCAGAAAGCAUAGGUGAGUUACCAAACCUCCAGGAACUGGCACUGCAUGAAAAUAGGUUAUCAGGGUCGAUCCCUUCUAGCCUUGGAAGCUUAAAAAACCUCAAAAGUUUGCUGCUUUACUCAAACCAAAUUUCAGGUACAAUACCACUCUCACUUGGGAAUUUGACAAAUCUGGUAGAAUUGGAUAUUCAUGACAAUGCUCUUACUGAUCAUAUACCCAAUAGCAUUGGUCAGAUGCAGACUCUGGAAAAGCUUGAUCUUUCAAGCAAUAUGCUAAGUGGGAACAUUCCUUCUUCACUAACCAAUUUAACUGCCAUUUCAGUUUUGUAUAUGGACACCAAUUAUCUUGAGGGAACCAUCCCAUUUCCCUCAAGAUCUGGUGAAAUGGCUUCUCUAGGCUUCUUAAGACUCCACAAUAACCAUCUAAAUGGAAACAUACCUCCCAGUUUUGGCUACCUGGUUUCUCUUCAAAGAGUCUCAUUAUCAAACAACAAACUUGAAGGAGCAUUGCCUUCUAGUUUGGGCAAUUUGCUUUCUUUGACAGAGCUUUACCUCAGUGACAACUCUUUUUCUAGCCAAAUACCAAAAUCAAUAGGCCAACUUUCUCAGCUCAUUAUGUUGAACAUUUCCAAUAAUUUAAUUGAAGGGCCAUUACCUCAAGAGAUGUCUUCCCUUCAAAAUCUUCAAACUCUUGAUCUUUCUUUCAACCCUCUGAACCUCUCAGCCAUCCCAACAUGGCUAUCAAAUCUAUCAUCACUUUCCCGAAUUUACCUUGCAGGCUGUGCAAUCCAAGGCCAAGUGCCAAACAUUUUGCAAACAACGGAUAGUCCAAUACAGGAACUGGACUUAUCAAUGAACCUUCUCAGUGGAACCAUACCAUCAUGGAUAGGAUCCUUCAGUCAGCUCUACUUGUUAAACCUCUCAAGAAAUUCACUUGAUUCACACAUACCUGAUUCUGUUGCAAACUUGCAUGAUCUGAGCGUUCUUGAUCUUCACUCAAACAAGUUAACAGGAUCCAUAACUGGAGCAUUUGACAUUGAACAAGGUACUUCUGGGGGAUCAUUAACAUACAUUGAUCUUUCUGAUAAUAACUUCUCAAGUGGAGUUGAGGCAAUUGGUGUCGGAGGGCAGUUUAAUAUUCAGUACCUGAAUUUAUCUCAUAACCUUCUGAAGGGUACAUUGCCAAGUUCCCUUGGGAGACUGAAUUCCAUUCACAGUUUGGACUUAAGCUUCAAUGAAUUAGACUCCAACUUGCCAGAAGUGCUGGCAAAAUUGACCUUGUUGGAGAAACUGAAGCUACAAAAAAACCACUUCAGUGGUAAUAUACCCAAUGCAUUUCUCAAGUUGAGAAAGCUGAAGGAAUUGGAUUUAUCAGAUAAUGUACUUGAAGGGGAAAUUCCAGAAGGAAAGCCUCUAAUUGACUUUCCUGGAAGUUCUUAUUCUGGGAAUAAAGGGUUGUGUGGGAAGCCUCUUGGUCCAUGUAAACUUUGAGGAUUGUAAGAUAUGAA